AUGGAGGAAGGAACGAAGGCCAAGAAAACAGUUUUUGUGGGCGGUAUCGGCGAUGAUGUCGACGAGGGAGUCCUCUUGGAGACAUUUUCAACAUUCGGUGACGUUAUAGAGGUUCAGCUGCCCACUGCUGCGGCAAACCCAACACAGCAGACUGAGGCAAAGCACCGGGGAUUUGCCUUCGUCACAUAUGCUUCCGCAGGGGAUGCUCAGGAUGCAAUUGACAAUAUGGAUAUGAAUGAACUGCGCGGAAGAGUACUAAAGGUGAACGUAGCCCGACCAUUGAAGGGCCAAAUGCAGCUCACUGGAAGCCAUGCUAUAUGGGAAUCCGAGGAGUGGCUCAAACGGUAUGCUAAGCCCUUGGCGGAAAGCGGAGGUCUCGUGGCUCGCAAGCAAGAACGCAACGGGUCGGCGCCAGCAGAAGAUGCGGAGGAGGCAGAUGCCAUGGAGGAAUGA